AGAUGCACAAUUCGCAGUGCAGUUCACACCAAAAACAUAGCAGGGAAUAUAACUAACUGGCAAGAAAAAUACAAGCAACAAGAAGUCCCUCUCCCACCUACCAUGCCCUCCACCACAGACUAGCUAGCUUCGCAUCUCUCACUCUCUUACUUUCUCACUAUCUCUCUCUCUCUCUCUCAACUCCCUCCAACACACCCCCCCCCCCCCCCCCCCCCCCAAAAAAAAAAAAAAAAUUGAACUUGUUGACCCCCAACCAUGGGAGUGAGCAACAACGUAACAGCAGUCGUAAACUUCAUAGCCCUCCUCUGCUCCAUACCCAUAAUAGCAGCAGGAAUCUGGCUGGCCUCGAAGCCCGACAACGAGUGCAUCCACUCCAUCAGAUGGCCCGUUGUCCUGCUGGGCGUCCUCAUCUUGGUGGUGUCGCUCACAGGCUUUGUGGGUGCCUAUUGGAACAAGGGGGGGCUUUUGGCUUUCUAUCUGUUCUGUAUGGCCAUCCUCAUAGCUCUCCUUCUCAUCCUUCUCGUCUUUGCUUUCAUCGUCACUCGCCGCGAUGGCAGUUAUUCCGUGCCCGGGAGGGCUUACCGGGAGUACCGCCUCGAUGGUUUCUCCGACUGGCUCCGGGACCACGUCACCAAUUCCGGCAAUUGGCAGAAGAUUAGGACUUGUUUGUCUGAGUCCGAUGUUUGUUCCAGGCUUACCCAGAAUUAUUUAUCUGCUGAUCAGUUUUUCAUGGCUCAUAUCUCUCCCCUUCAGGCAAGGUGUUGUAAACCUCCAACAGUGUGCGGUUAUAAUUACGUGAACCCAACAUUAUGGUUGAACCCGGUGAACCCAACGGGCGAUCCGGACUGCUACUUGUGGAACAAUGACCAAAGCCAACUGUGCUACAAUUGCGAUUCGUGCAAGGCAGGGCUUUUGGGGAACCUGAGAGAAGAAUGGAGAAAAGCCAAUGUGAUUCUGAUAGUGGCAGUGGUGGUGCUGAUAUGGGUCUAUCUGAUUGCGUGCAGUGCCUUCAAGAAUGCACAAACAGAGGACCUCUUCCGCCGCUACAAGCGGGGUUGGGUCUAGUUCUGUAAAGGUUUCUCAGCAGACCCCCGCUUUAAAGGAGGAGUGUGUAUAAAGUAUAAGUGGUCCUGGAAAUAGAAUUUGCCUUUUGGGUGAAUGGACCCAAAGGCCCAAAUGGGAGGUGGUCUACCUUUAUUACAAUGGAUUAGUCGACUGCCACUUGGUCGUUACUACAGUGCUACGACUUGUCAGUGUAGACUCAAGACAAUGGAAAGAAAGUCUUAUAAGGAGUCCGAGAAUUUUAACUUGCGUUAUGGAUUGAGCCCAAAAAGAUGACAACUCAGCAGCAUGGAUGGACCCAUGGAGAGUAUAUUCAUCUUUAUUUAUUUAUUUAUUUUGUACAAAAUGUUCAUAUUUAUCUUAUAUACUAUAGUAGAUAAAGGUUAUUAAUUACGUAUGCGUUUAGAUUUUGAUAAGAUAAAUAUAUAUGGUUUCCAAUGGAUGAUUGGUGGGAAUAUUGGAUUUGGAGGAGAUGACAAAUUUCCUUUCCUUCUCACUAGUGCUAAGUGCUUUGCUUUUUCCCCUAAUUAAUUAAUUUUGGAGCUUUUUGUUCUGUUACACCUACACGGAACUUCCUCCUAUCACCAACUCCAUCUCUAUUAAUUCUUCUAAAAUUUAAUAAAUCCAACUUGGCUGCUCAUAUAUAUUCAUCUUCUCACCAAAUUAAAAACCCAAGAGUAUUGACUGACUGACUGGUUUCUUAAUUUCCAUUUUUCUAAUCCAGUCAAUGGAGCCGCACGUUGUUUUAUUGCACCAGUUAACCCAUUCGAUUUCAACUCAUCAAAAAAAUAUACUUUCACCGUCCAUAACAUAUAUAUACAUAUAUAUAUAUAUAUAUACGUGCACAAUUCAUGAAUAUUUGACUUGACACCUCUUGUUUAAUUAAGAAUAUUACAUCACUUCAUUUUGGGAUAUAUAUAUAUAUAUAUUAACUAUAUAUAGACACUACACAGUAUGAACAUGAAUAUUUAUGUGUCUGUGCAUGUGGACGUACAUACAGUUCUAUAGUUAAUUAGCGGAGUCCUUCUCCUUCUUCUUCUUCUUCUUUAUAUAUAUAUAUAUAUAUAUAUAUAUUACUUUUCCUUGGUAAUGCGAAAACCUUUUUUUUAAGAAUCAUAACCCAUGAGCCAUAUUAAUUAUAUGCACGAGAAAACUGGUAGAGGUGAUCUUCUUUCUUUCUUUCUUUAUUAUUCAUUGAAUUAACGAGGUUAUAUAUAUAUAUAUAUAUAUAUAUAUAUAUCUCAAUCAAACAAACAAACACUACCACUCAGUCUUAUUCUCUGUUUAUAAUUUGACACGCAUCUGUCUUAAUUAUUUAACAAAAGAAAACGACUUAAGAACUCAUGAAAACACAUCGAACAAAAAUCUACAGCCUUCUUUUAACUUCUUAACAAAAACAAAAGCCAAAAAUACUACCAGAAAGCAUAUGUAAAAAUAAGGGUAUUAUUUAAUUAUUGUAUGUCCGCAUGAUUCACCAAAUUAACUUAUAUUAUGCGGCUAAAACAUAUAAUGCAUGAUAUUAUCAUUUAACUAAUCUCUCAGACAAACAAGCACUAUCUCAUUCGUAUUCUUUGUUUAUAAUUUGACACGCAUCUGUCUUCAUUAUUUAACAAAAGAAAACGACUUAAGAACUCAAGAAGGCACAUCAAACAAAGGAUCUACAGCCUUCUUUUAACUUCUUAACGAAACAAAAGCCAACAAAAUAGUACCAGACAGCAUAUGUAAAAAUAAAGUUAUUAUUUAAUUAUUAUAUGUCCGCAUGAUUCACGCACCAAAACUUAUAUUUGCCGCUAAAACAUGUUUUGUCAAUGCAUGUGUAGGUAAGGUAUGCAAGGGGCUUGAUAAUAUAUAAAUAGUGUCUCUGACUGGAUAUAGAUAGUUUUGUAACUAAGCAAAUUUCCAAAAUAAUAAUAUAUCAUUAAAAAUAAAAAAUAAAAAUUGAAAUGCUUUUGCAAGCUUGCAGCAACUAGAUAGAAAAUUCCAAGUGGGUACGUAAAGUGUGAAUCGAUCCAAUGUCAUCCCAGUUGGCAAAAAUUAACAAGCAUAUGUUCCUUUUCAAUGUCUAUGUAGAGGUGUAUGUAUGAAUUAUUUUUAAAGUAGUGGUAAACCCUACACCACUAAAAGACACACCUGCCCAUCCAGGAAAGGAUAUUAAUUGUUGCUCAGAUAUUAUUAAAUUUCAUAAAAGUAUAGACACCAAUUAGGAAAUUUCAUGAUUUCCAUCAAACAUUAUUCAACCACAAACUAUAUACUGCCUCUCUACUUGAUGAUCUCAUGAUUUACUACUAUAUAUAUAUAUAUAUAUAUAUGCCAGAUAUAUCCAACGUAACAUACAAUGAAUUCAAUUAAACUUUUCAUCUCUACCUUCUGAUCUUUACAAACACUCUGUUCUAUUAUUUUUUCUCUGAGAGAGAGAGAGAGAGAGAGAAAAAGAGAGAGAGUUUUAGUUCUUCAGAGCAGUGUACGAACUAAAGUAAUGACCCGGCAAUCAUCCCAUCUUAUCUUGUGAAUUAUGUAUAUGGAUUGGCUGUGGCCUCACUUAUAAUUGUAAAUGUGAAAAAGCUCUUUUUUUUUU